UCAUGUGCUUGCACUUGUUGUGAAUGCUGGCUUGGGAGAGUAUCACAUGGCUAUUAAGAGAGUAAGGGCAGUGGUGAAGCAUGUGAUGAGUUCUCCUGCUAGGUUGAGUAAGUUUAUGGAUUGUGCUAAACAAGAAAAGAUAGAUUGCAGAAAAGGUUUAGUUUUAGAUGUGGAUACAAGAUGGAAUUCCACUUACAUGAUGUUGGAAGCUGCUUGUAGAUAUCAGAAAGCUUUUGAAAGGCUAGCACGGGAAGAUAAGGCUUUCAAAAAGAAGUUUUGUUUCAACGAAAGAUCCAUCCCUCCUGUAUUUUCUACUUCUACCGGUGCUAGUAAUGAUGUUGACAUGGAAGAAGCUUCUACUAUUGCUCAUAACAAAGGCAAGAAGAAGGCCCCUCCUCCGCCUCCUAUACAUGCUCCAUAUAUGGAAGAUUGGGCCAAUGCAAGAUCAUUUGGAAAAUUUUUAAAGGUGAUUGUAAUAAUGUUACUCAAUCUUCUGGGGUUACUGAUGAUGAAGAUUCUGCGUAUGCUAGUCUAAUAGCAGAGAGAGCAAGAGAAGAUGAGGAGGAUGACAAUGUUGAGGGGAAAACUGAGUUGGAGUUAUAUUUAGAGGAGAAACGUGAACCAAGAAUUAGCCCUAGCGGUGUUCAGUUUGAAAUUUUAGGUUGGUGGAGGACUAAUAGUACAAGGUAUCCUGUA